CCUCGCCGGCCGAUCGCAGCCGCUCCGUGCCGGGCACGGGCUCCGCAGCGCUAUGGCCGUGGCCCCGGCCCGGGCUGCGGGGCGGGCAGGUGCGGUUGCGGCUCUGGCGCUGCUGUGGCUGCUGAUCUGCGCUCCGGGGGACGCCGGCUGUCACCCCCUGACCGUGGCCGAUCUCUUUGACCGGGUGAUCCGGCACUCGGGCAGGAUCCACAGCCUCUCCACGGCGCUCUACGCCGAGCUGGAAAAGCACUUUCCUCCCCGUGACAACGAGCUGGGAAGGCCCGCUCGGAAGUGCCACACGUCGGGGAUGCUGACCCCCAACGGCAAAGAAUACGCCCAAAAAAUCCCGAGAGAAGAACUAACUCACGUGAUACUGAAACUUUUGCAAGCCUGGAAAGAACCACUUUCCCACUUCAACCAGCAUAUUGAGCACCAUCAAGAGCUACCUGACGACAGCCUUAGCAAAGCUAAGCAAAUCAGCAAUAUGGUACAUGAGCUGAAGACUGGAGUUGAGAAAGUAACAGAAAAGAUGCAGUCAAUGGGGAUCAUCAGCAAUUCAUUAAAUGGAAUGGCAUCAUCUGAAGGCACUGGUUUAUCAAUUAGCAAUGAAGCAAACAUGAUGAGUGACUCUGAUUUCAUUCACUGUUUUAGGAGAGAUUCCAAUAAAGUACAAAGCUACUUAAAAAUUCUCAAAUGUAGGAUUAUGCCAGAAAAUAGUUGCUAAAUUGUAAUCCCUCGACA